CAUGAAAUAAUCUAAUUUGUGAGUUCUAACAUGUAAAAAUACGUAUAACAAUUCAAUUUGACUUAGCUUUCUACAUUAUUACUAUAUUAGUAGCGCUAGUUUUGUCAAUGACGAUCUAUUUUGGGUGUGCAGUUAUUUAGGCCGAUUUUAGUCCAAAGGUUAAGGCUUGGAUGUGCAUUUUAACUUUCGUCUGGUUUAGACAGACCCUCCGUCAUCUCGUGGUGCCGUAUUAUGGACGAGCUGAAGUUAAAAGCUGGAGAAAAGAUCGGUGCUUUACACGAAGCAGCAAAAUCAGCAGCGGGUAAUGGCCGGUCCCGGGUUGAGGAUGCUGUCAACCGCACUGUUGAGGUCCUUAACACGAUCCGCGAAGCAUUCAACGACAUCUGGCACCACGAGCUGAUAGCGGAGGGCCGGGACCGCAUCGCGGCCUGGACGAGAGACGCGGCGCAGCGCAUCAGAGAUGGCACACCCCCUCUUUCCCCUGUUCUUCUGUAUGAGGAGUUGGUGGCGCUGUUAACAGAUCGAGUAUGGCGUCGCAGCAUGGUGAUAUUUGCUUGCGGCCUAGCGCUGGGUGGGGGCUGCGGGCUGGCCGUAGGGCUCCGCUGCGCGACCCACGUGCCCAGCGGGCCGCAUGCGCGCGCGUUACACGCGCAAAACGACCAGAGCGUCAUACUCGUUGAAGAUGCCACAGCGCCGGCGGCGGGCGCUGGCGAGGUGUUGAUACGCGUGCAAGCGUUCACCGUGUGUCCGUGCGACCGGGCCACAUUACGAGGCCGAGGGGCGGUGUUGCGCGCGCUCUGCGGGCGGAGCCAGCCCGUCGUCGGUCGAGGGUUCGCAGGAGUGGUGCUGGACGUGGGAUAUGGAGUGGGGCACUUGGAGUUGGGUGAUGAAGUGUGGGGCUGCGUCAGCGAAUGGAGCGGCGGCGCGGCCACCGAACUACUUACGAUACGCAGUACUCGAGUCAGCAAACGGCCUCACGGCCUCGCAGCGGAUGCGGCGGCCUCGCUGCCCUGGGCCGGAGCCCUCGCCCUGCGCGCCCUUGAACGGUUGCGCUGUACAUCGGAAUGUAAGGGGAAACGCAUGGUGAUAUGCGGCGCGGCCAGCGGCGAAGGCUGCGCGUUAAUACAACUGCUGACUGCUCGAGGUGCUCACGUCUCUGUUCUAGCCCCAAGGAGAGCCAGUAACGCUUUACAGAAUUUAGGAGCACAUGAGUACGUGGAGCUGGACGCCAACAACCACAGCACGGCGUCGUGGGCUAUGCUCGCGCAGCAUGGCGGGCGCGCCGGCCCGUGGGACGGCGUGCUGGCGUGCGCGGGGGCCGGCGCGCCCGCAGCGGACUGUUCCCCGGCGAGGGCUGCGCUCAAAGCCACAGCUGCGCGCGACGCAGUGGUGGAGCUCCGCCCCACCCCUCUGAUCACGGACCGGCUGCCCAUCCCCUUGUCGGUCAUGUUCGCUGCGUCCUUCUAUACUUUCAGGGUUUUCAGGUGGGUGGUCGGCUGUGGGACGCACACGGACUGGCUAGAAGAGAAGCAAAAGCUAGCCGGUGGUCUGACAUCUCUGGCGACACUAGUGAAUGAGGGCACACUGCGCCCUGUACUGGAUAAGGUAUACCUGCCACAAGACUUCGAGGCCGCUCUAGCACACGCAUGCAGCGAUGAAGCCCUAGGAACAACCGUCAUCAGGUUCCCUUAGAACCAUGUCCUGGUACUUGAAUCCAGCAACGAAGGCCACGGAACGCACACUGACCCCAUGUAUUCGGUAAAACAAAUGUAUCCUUAGUCCUAAGGUGCGAAUUGAGUGGGCUUAGUGGCGUGAUACGGCAUCCAUGUAAAAAAAAAGUAUUAAAACCUUGACGCCAGUUGACGCACUACUGAGGUUCAACACGCAAAGAUCAACGCAGAUGGCGCUGUAAGUGAAUUUGUCCUGAGCGACAGGUGAUAAAGAUAGUUUUCAAGUAGGCAUAUUGCUCUCAUGAACUUCAGAUAAAGGUACGCCGGCUCUAACCCUACAACUCAGAGCGAGAAGAUUUAAAUCCCUCCUAAAUUGGAGGAGGGUACCCAAAGAACCGGCGAGAAACUCAAUAAGAAAACAAAUUAAAAAUAGUACAUUAUUGUCGAGUCUCGGAAGUAGCUACUUGCUGGCUGAGGAUUCGUUUUAAACCGACGACCUUGGGAGUCCGUUUAAUUGAAUCCGAAGCCAGCAAGUAGCCUUCCAGCCGAGUCAUAUAUAGUGCUUUUCUCAAAAAUGGCGCAAUAAAUACAAAUAUAAUAGAAAUAUUUUACAGAAGCAACGUUCUUAUGUAUACUAUAUUUUCACAGAAAAAAGUAAUAAGCAAAUCGCUUUGCCGCCGUUUUAUUUUUUUAAUUAAAAAUAGAAGUGUAUUUUUCUGCUAAAAAUACGCCAACCUAUUUGAGACACCUAAAUAGUCGCGGUACCAACAUUAUAAUUAUAAGUACUGAUCAUCUGUUUGGCUGUUUAAUGGACCUAUGCCUGCAUUUGAUAUGGCCACUUCAACUUUUAAAAAGUUUGGAACUCGACAAAUAAUGGAAUUUGUAUGCAACAUUGCAUUCCCGAAAUCGAGACUGCAAUGUUUUUAACUUUUUAAUUUUUUGACUGACCAUAAACAACGCACUUCGCGACCUACUUUUUAACCGGCAACGUCGACUUUGCCGUCCAUUUUUGAGAAAAAUAUAUAAACUAAUUGAAAUUCAAAGUUACGAUGUUUCUGGAGAAACCUAAAUCUUGAUUUGGAGUUUAGUAUCUCACGGCAAAUAAAAUUCAUCAACAUAUGCUUAUUUGCUAUUGCAAUUUUUUAUAAUAAUCUGACACGACAAAUAUACCAAGAAAUAUAAACUAUAGAUUAAAGAUAACAACCUGUCAUUAGAACCAAUCCUCAGCGCCCUCUGUAGCGAUUUGUAAGCCUUGAGCUUGAUGAUAAUCACUCAAGAAAACAGUCGAAAGACGGAUACGUCCUAUAUGAAUUGAUCCCGACGUAUUUUUGACUAAUCAUAUUGAAACUAUGUUUUAAUUUACUUACAUUUUGAAACAAGUUUAAGAUUUGAUAAAUUUGUACAUUUUUCAAAGGGUAUUUUUUAUGAACGAACAAACUUCAUAUGAAAUGUAUUCUUCUGCCAUAUUAUAUCUAAACUAAAACUAUUAUAGGGAAUAAAGUUUUUGAUGUAUAUUUGAAACUUACCAAAGCUGAUGUUUUAUCAAAAUUGGGAUAAAAAAAUAGAUACUAAUAUAAUUUAUAAGUAAUUAAAGAAAUAAGCGUGCCUGAUUUCUACACAAACUUUGUAAAAAAAGUCGGAAAAGUAAUAAAAUAGUUUAUUUAGAGAUCAUAUAUUUUGUUAUUUGAUAUAACAUGCAAUAGUAAACCUUAAUGCAAUGCAUGAAGGUUUUAUUUUAAACUGUACCUAUUGUCGGCUAUUGCCGACAGUGGCGUUCUUAUGGUUAAGUAAAAACAUUGAUACAUUUUAAAUUAGAUUAUAUAAUACAGUUUAAAAGUCGCGAUCUAUCAACAAAACUUAAUUAAUUUAAUCUGUUAAUUAUGUUCCUAAUAUAUUAAUCAGCUAAUGUGAGAUUCUGAAACUUAUUAGCAUCGGAUCAAAUGAUCUUCAUCCAAAUUCCUAUAUAUAAACAUUGUCUGUAGAAUACACUUUCAACUAAACAGAUAAUGAUUAUAUUGAACCACGAAUGUAGACCUUAAGUCGGCGCCAAUAAGUCUAUUUGUUAUCAAAGUCCUAUAUAACUCCGUAUAAGAUGAAUAAAGUCUAAGGAAAAAACGUGCCUCGGAAUUGACGGUUUCGUUUGUUAUUUAACAAUUUUAACACAUAUCAGUGAAAGAACAAGGGUCAAAAUCAUACAAAAAUAAUAAAUACAUUUAUCCAUAUAGAUAUACAUUUUUGGAUAUUUCUAUUUUUAGUUUUAAUCGUGUGUCGAUAGAUGGCAGUAAAUUUACUGUGACUCCAAAAUUUACUAUGACAGUACCCCCGAAACCAUAAGAUAAGAUAAGAUAAUACCCCUCUAUCCUAUAUAUUCUCUUUGCUGUUAUUGACUAACGAUGAAGGGAGGAUCAUGUUAAUCAAGAGUAUGUUUAUGUUGCUUAUAGAACAUACUAUAUUUCUGACUCGCCCUACAGUCCAAACGUGAUUCGUCUUAGACGUUGAAGUAAUAUAGGAUCGGUGAAUUUUUAUAUUAAUUUACCUUGUUAAAUAUUAUACAGAAAGUUAACGAAACGUGAUAUUUUUUAUAGGGAUUUGGUCGCCAAAAAGUAUCAUAAAACACUGGAAAAGCAUAGAAAUAAACAUAUCUACAAUAGCUGGGGAUCCGGCGAUGCUAAAUGUGUAGUUACUCGAGCGUCGUAGAGACCUAUUGGAAUUGAAAGAUUAGAUGAUUAAAAGAAAAAAGGUUAUAUAAAGAUUUUUUCCAGCGAGCAGGAAAGCGUCUACAGAUUUUUUUUAAAUUUCAGGGGGUUGGAGGAGGGUUAAAAAAAUGGUUAAGUAGAUUGUGGAUCGUUUUGGUCCAAGUUAAUGCUAUAAUUUUUCUAUAACUUAAUAUGACACUUAUUUGUAAGCAAUUCUUUAAUCUGACGACCACAAGUUCGACGCACGAUUUUCACAUUGUAACCGUCAGAUUAAGGAAAUGCGUACAAAUAAUUGUCAGAUUUAGUAACAGCACAAUUAUAGCAUUAAUUUGGACUAAAAUGACCAAAUCCACAAUCUGCUUAACGAUUUGUUGAACCCCCACCGACGGUUCAACAUGUACGGGUAAAAGUGGUAAAGGCAGCACGGGGGUACCAAGAUAUCACUCAUAUCUUAAUCUGACGCGCUCGAGUAACUAUAAAAAUCCCCUCUUGGGCUCCCCAACCACAAUUUCUUGUUUGUUAAAGCCGCCGCCAAAAAAACCACUCCCAUACAAUUGAAGUUACGCUCUCAUUUAAUUUUUAAAGCGACAUGCUUAACCUCUUAAGGCCCAAGGUCCUACCUAUAGUAGGUACCUCUUCAGUUCGAUGAAAUUUAAAUCCUAUUCAUUUGGAAGAGAGUCGCUUUUGCUUUGUUUCGUUCAAUUAUCUAACAACGCAAAAUGAACUCUAUUUCCUACCUACACUAGGUUCCAAUUUCAGUGGCAAAUUUUGGAUUUUUUUUGUAAUGUCGUUACUUCGAUUAUAUGGCGGCGGCCAAGGGCCUGUCACUCUUUGAUAAAGAAAGAUAGUCUUAUUGCGAUUUCUAUAAGAGGAAAGAGAAAAUAUUGCCAUGCUUUGUCUUUAUCACCGACCGGGCAUUUUUUUCAUGGUCGGGUUAUGGCAUCAUAGCAAGGCGAUGGCGAAAUACCGAAAUUUAUAAGAGUGAAAGAGAAAAAGGAUUAUGCUGCCAUACAUGAAACUGUCAAUACAUGAAUGUCUUUCUCUUACCCCUGGUCGCUCGGUUUCAUGCCUAUAACUACUUGUAUAUACUAUGACUAUGCGCGGCGGCUGUUUGUGUGAAUUUUACCUACAGAGUGCCUAGCUAAGGUGACAAUCACUUACGAUAACGAGACGCUUUGUUUCUCUCUAUCACUCUUCCAUGUUAGUGCGACAGUGACAGUUUCGUUUCGUUCAUUGGCACGUUGGCUACGCACCCUGAUCUAUACAAUAAAAGUUAUUGAUGGAUAUAGAAGAAAUCCAUGGGCUUAAAGAUGAGUUGCUCAAGACUCGAUUGUUCCGACCCUAUUGUACCUAACACUAACAUUAAGUAGGUAAAUUGUAAAGUAGAUAGAAUUAUUGUAUAGAUAUUUUGAAUAUUAAAAUUGUUGUUUUUUAC